AUGGCUGGACAUGAGAUAGAAAUCAAAAAUAAGAUGAAGAGGCAGGAUGUCUUUGCCCGGAUCAGAGACCAGAAGAACAAAGAAAGGCACAAGUUGAGGAGCACAAGGGCGAAGGAGGAGAGAAGCAACCCGGAACUGAAGGCCAAGCGGCUGGCUGAGAACGUCCCGCAGACGAUUGACUCGAAGAGGGAGUACGAUGAGACGAUUGGCGCAGAGGUCGAGGACGACGAGGACGACCUAAUGCGGCACUUCAACAGCAAUAAUAAGGAUAUGCCACCGAAAAUAUUCCUGACUACGAAUGUGAAUGCUCGGAAGUGUGCGUACGAGUUCGCGAACGUGCUCAUCGAGGUGCUCCCAAACGUCACCUUUGUCAAGCGGAAGUUCGGUUACAAAUUGAAGGAGAUCGCGGAGAUGUGCAUAAAGAGAAACUUCACCGACAUGGUGGUCAUCAACGAGGACAAGAAAAAAGUGACAGGGCUGACGUUCAUGCAUUUGCCCGAUGGCCCCACUUUCUACUUCAAACUGAGCUCGUACGUGGAGGUGUUGAAAGUCCACGGCCACGGUAGAGCGACAAGUCACAUCCCGGAACUGAUCUUGAACAACUUCCAGACAAGACUCGGGAAGACCGUGGGGAGACUGUUCCAGUCGAUAUUCCCACAGGACCCGGAUUUCGAAGGCCGCCAGGUGAUCACGCUGCACAACCAAAGAGAUUACAUCUUCUUCAGAAGGCAUCGGUACAUCUUCAAAGACGAGGAAAAAGUUGGGCUACAGGAACUUGGACCACAAUUCACUUUGAAACUUAAGAGGAUACAGAGAGGCCUCCGUGAGGAGACCGAGUGGGAACACAAACCAGAAAUGGACAAAGACAAAAAGAAAUUCCACCUGUGA